AUGGUUGACAGGCAGACGAAGUGUGCCCUGUGUCGUGCGCCACCUCCACCGUUAACAGAGAAGCGCAAGAAAAAGCUGGCUCGUUUGGGCAAAGUAGUACCUCCGGCGGAGGAUCCGGACGAAGUUGCGGCGAGGGUUGCCGCGGAAAUUAUACAAACAGAGCUUGAUCUACGCCAAAAUGCUCCAGAGCUUGUCAGCUCUGGGAAUGCAGGAAUGAGUCAGCCAAGUGCACUUCCACCUCAAGACCAUGAUCGCUUCCAAGGUGAUGCUUCUCCUCCCAGAUCGUCGAACUUCGAAACUCGCACUCCUCCCGCUCCUCCACACGGUGGGCCUCAUCAUCGCGAGCUUGCGCCUGGCUUGGGUGGCACUGAGCCCUAUGAUGAAGACGAAGCUACGGCUCUGGCGAUUUUUCAUUCGCUGAAUGAUGAUGCUCCUCAGCCCUUUCGUCCUGAAAAUUCCAUUUACGAGCAUGGGAAUCCUAGUAGUUCGCCAGAUACCUCUGAAGCAAACGAUUUAGCAGUGGCGCUUGCACUUCAAGAGGAAUUGAACCGUGUGCAUCAGGGUGGAGCUUCUCCCGAACAUACACAUGCUCUUACUCCCGAUAUGGCGAAUGCUUGGAGUGGACCCAACACCAGCCAAGAUGAAGAGUUUGCUCGGCAAAUCCACAGUCAGCUAAAUGAACAAGGAUCUCCAUGGACAGAACCAAUACCUCAAAGGCCUCCGCAAUCAACCCCUCCGGCGUAUCCACGACCGAUGCCCCAGGCGUAUCCACCUCAAGGUUACCCCGUUCAUGCAAGUUCAAGGGGAUCCUAUCCAGGUGGGCCAGCUUACCCACGGGGUUACCCGGUUGACGGUGGGCCAAACCAACGCCGUCUUGGUCGGCCAACUUACUAUCCUCGAGAUUAUCAAUCGAUGGGUGGUUCGUCCGGGGCAUUUGAGACGCUUCAAAGAGGAGCGACUGACCUUCUCCAAAGAGGAGUGGAUCACUUUAUAGACGACUCACUUAUCCAAAAAAUUAGUGAUUCGAUGCCCCAACUCAUAAUCGCUGCUGGUUUGGUUUUAUAUUUCUUGUUCUAUCGCACAUGUAGCGAUUGCGCCAAAUGAGGAUGAAGUGAAGCUGGGCUGAGUCUUACUUUUAGACGAGCAGCAUCAAACAGGGCUUUUCUCCAAAACCACUUGGAUAUGAUGACAAACACUCAUCAUUCAGCUCGAAUCACCCUGUUGGUUCAUGGUGGAUCCCAUAAAUCCAAAACUCAAAUUUGC